GCUAGGGACGCGCGGCGGCCCAGGCUCCUGGACUGUUUUCGCUUGGCUCGUUGGCAGCCUUAGGCGCUUGUUAACAGUUUAUUUUUCCUGCUAUUGUGGGCUCGGUUAUUUAUGGAGCCGUUUGCUUCAGUGGACUCUCUAGGCACCUUGUCUGGGUCUCGGGCUGGAGUUUUAAAACAAAGGAGGUUUUCUGAGCCGGAGGGGAUGCAAUAAUAUAUUUAUUUAAGCUUGAGUUUAGUCUCUCUUCAUAGAAAAGGGAAAGAACAGAAUUCUGGAACAUUUCUGUCCUGGGGAUUUCUUAUUAAGAGUCAGCUGAUUUGGGAAGAAGUAUUUGAAGAAGCUUUAAAAUAAAAACAAAACCAAAAACGUUUACUUUUAAAAAUUACUCACUAUAACGUGGAUUUUAUUCUUCCGUAUUGGAACAGUUGCCUUUCACAUUUGGGAAAUUACUUGCACGCAUAUGUGUUUAAAACGGUUGCUUAAUUAUAGUGACACCAAUUUGUAGUAACCAGACUGUGACACUACAUCCCUGUGGGGGCCUUCUAAAUCUGGUGUAAUAUGAAAGUGUCAGCCAGGCGGUCUGUGUAUUAUAAAUAGGGUACUUCAUCCAUGAUAAGCGAUUAUUAUCUUUCUUUCCCAAGUGUAAAAGACUUAUAUAAUUCAAGAAGGUGCCAGUGAUUUAGGCCUCUUGAGUAAGAAUCCAAUGAGUCCUGAAGGGGACUCUACCUAUGUCAUCUUAUUGUUGAACUUGAAACAUUCAAUUUCUUAGGUUGGAAUGUGUUUUGUCAAGUCAGAGCAGAAUAAAAUAAUGUUGGAAGCCAUGAGACCACUAGCACAGUUUAGUACCUCAUAGUAACCAUUGUUCAGUACUCCUUCAUGUGCAUUAACAAGAAACUGAACUGAAAUUUUCUGCCUCUCACCAAUUACUACUAGCUAGGUAAUAUCUUAGUCCCUCAAUUUCUUCAUCUGUAAAGUGGACAAAAAGUACCUGACCACUGGGAUAAAAGUACCUGACCACAAGAUGGAUGGCAGUUCAUUAAGGUCUUAUGAGUGUUAAUGGAUGUUAUAUGAACCUCAAGUUUUAUUAUCAUUAAAGGAACAUAGUAAAGCCUCAUGACAGUUUUGUAAAUGGGACUUUUAAGAUUUUAAUUAUUUGAAAUGAGACAUUACAUUAUCAAGAUAUUCAUGAAAUGAUUUAGUUGAUCCUGCUGUAGAAGAAGGGUGCCACCUGCAAUUGAUUUACACAAAAAUUCUUGGAAUGUCACACUGUAGCUUAUUUAGAACCUGUUAGGUGUCUGCCAGUGUUCUACAUGCUUCACGUAUAUUAACUGGUUUAAUUCUCUUAACUCUAUGAAGAGCCUCAUUUGAUUGUCCUGUUAUUUUGGGAGAGUAGAUGCAGACUUUCUCUUUGUCUGAUUCUUAUUUUGUAAUGUUACAUCUUUAUUCUUUUGGCUGUUAUUACACAUUUGAAGAAAAAUGAUAUGUAUGUGUGUUUUUUGUGUGUGUUAUGUAUAAUUAGAAUUCAGUAGCCAAAAGUUUAAUCAACUUAACAUAUGCUAAUAAAUCUAUAUAGAUAACAUAACAUUCAUCUUUUUUUUUUUACAUAUAGGAACAUUAUUAUCUUGGUCUCAUUUGAAAAUCUGCACCCAUUAGAAAAGCACAAUGACCAUUGCAUUUUAGAUGAUUAACAUCUAAAACAAUAUUUAAACUGUUUUCUAAUAGAAUGGCCAUCAGUCCAGGAGGAGAUGCAUCUUUUGCCAGUCAGAAACCAGUACUUUCAGAGAGUUUUCGAUCCAAGAAGUCUCCACUAACUGAAGAAGAGAUAUUUUAUACGAAUUGUAGGGCCGCCUACUUAACUGUGUUCAAAAGCAGCUUAGAAAAUAUUGUUUCAAAAGAUCAACUUUACCUAGCUCUUCAGCAUGCGGGAAGAAAUCCAUCCCAAAAGACCAUUAAUAAAUAUUGGACUCCUCAAACUGCUAAACUGAAUUUUGAUGAUUUUUGUGUAAUUUUAAGGAAGGAGAAACCUACUUCAAAAGCAGAACUGCUAAAAUCAUUUAAGCAAUUAGAUGUAAAUGAUGAUGGCUCUAUUUUACACACUGACCUUUAUAAAUUUCUAACAAAGAGAGGCGAGAAGAUGACUCAAGAAGAAGUAAAUGCCAUAAUAAAUUUGGCUGAUGUAAAUGCUGAUGGCAGAUUUGACUACAUUAAGUUUUGUAAAUUGUAUAUGACAACCAGUGAGCAAUGUCUCAAGAAUACACUAGAAAAACUGGAGGUUGACAGUAAACAGAGGCGUCAGCAGUUUGGAAGCCACAAUGAAGGGUCCCCUGAAAGAGACCCACCACCAGUAACAAAGCCAUCACCUAGAAUCAUAGGAAAAAGUGACCAGGAAAUAUUCUCAAAUAAAGGUGACAUAAGGAGUUCUUUACUUUCAACAUCUAGAAUGUUCAAAACAUCUGUUUCCUUCACAAUUACCAUGGAAGCCAGUAGCAACCAAAAUUCGAAGUUAACUGAGCCUAAUUUAAAGGACUGGCAGUGUGUACAAUCAAAAGGCUGCUUCUUUCUAGAAGAGGAUGGUGAAAUUAUUAGUCAUCAAUACAAGAUGCAAAUAACUCAAAAGUCCAUGGUUUAUCUAACAAUUAAGCCAUUAAACUUGAGUCAAGUUGAAGGGAAACUAUCUUCUUGGCUAUCUGUUGAUACUACCUUAUAUAUUCUUAAGGAAAAUGAGAGUCGAGCAAAUCUACAGCUAAUAUGUUUUACUGAACUACGAAACAGAGAAAUGUUUGGAUGGACUGGUGAACUAGGACCUGGAACUUACUGGUUGAUUCCUUCCACAACUGGCUGUCGGCUGAGAAAAGAAAUAAAACCAGUAACAGAAGAAGCCCAACUUGUAUAUCGAAAUGAAACAGGGGAAUUAUUUCUUACAAAGGAAUUUAAAUCAACUUUAUCAGAUAUAUUCGAAGUAAUUGAUUUGGAUGGAAAUGGUCUUCUUAGCCUCGAGGAAUACAAUUUUUUUGAACUGAGAACAAGUGGUGAGAAAUGUGAUGAAGAUGCAUGGGCUAUCUGCAGAGAGAAUUUUGAUACAAAAAAGAAUGAGUUAACAAGACAAGGAUUUAUGGACUUAAAUCUAAUGGAAGCUAAUGAUCGAGAAGGAGAUCCUACUGACCUUUGGGUGACUCUGCAUUCGAUGGGCUACAACAAAGCCCUGGAAUUGACAGAGGCAUGUCCAUUUGUUAUUGAUAUCUGUGCAGAAAAAUGCAAGCCAAGAAUUAAAGCUGCCCAUAUGGAAGCAUGCAGUGGGCAACUUGAGAAGGCCAUUUGUAAAUCUGUGCUUAGCAGGAGUGAUGCUAAAGUAAUGGAUGACUAUGAAAAUAUAAUUGUGCAUACUUACAAUUGUGAUACCUGGAUAACAUCGGUUAUUGAAAAUAAGUCAGAUGACAAAGUGAUUAUUCAUAUCAACAAUGAGCUAAGCAAAAACUGCGUGAACAACAGAGGACUCAGCAUUUUUGCAGUAGAAGUGGCGCCAAAAUCUACGAUGGUUUGUCAACAUGUAAUGCCCUUGAACGAACAACAGGAAUGGAUACAUUAUUGUGUGUACUCCCUUAUAUCUUAAAUAAUUCUACUUGGAUCCAUCAAAUAAAGAAUAAUUUUAGAUUUAUUUUGUUGUUUAUGGCUGACCUAAAUGCAAUUCAAUUUAAUGGAUGUACCUAAUUAGUAGUAAUUUAAAUAUGUACACUUAUAUUUUAUGUCCAUGUUAUAUACUUUAUUAUUAAAAUAUAAAUAAUGCUUUAAAUAUGUGUCCUUCUUGUUAAUUUAGCAGUAAACCUAAGUUCAUGCU